CAAAGAUCCAGGUAUCCUCUGUCCUCACCUACCGCUCUCCACCCCCUCUUCCUCUCCCAACCACUCCUACUAUGCUCGCGAUCGACGGCUUUUGAGCUCACUCUCAUUCGCUCCUUGUUACAUUCCUUUUGUCCAGUCUUUUGCACGCUGCCACGUUCGACGCUUCGUUCGCACCGUGCCUUUCCAGCUGUAUUCAUCUAUCGCGACCAUAUAAUCACGCGUCCGGCUCAAGCUCUACAAGUUUGCUGCGCAGAAGAUGGUCCUAGCCAUCGAUUGUUAAUGAAUGAGCAACGGUAAAGAGGUCGAAAGGCUGUCGAACGAUCAGCCCUCGUCGCCGCACGUCAUCGCGCUGCCCGAGGGAGCGGGAAGUUCACCGACAGCGCUUUCGCCAACGGCAACGCUUGGCCAUUCGAGCCCAGAGCUACCAACACUUCCGCCACUGCCAGAGCUUCCUCCGCUUGGUCGUUAUCCUGCAGAAGCUGCGUCUACCGCCAGCGCGUCGGACACCAGCUACUUCACCGCGAGCUGGGGUUCACCUUACCAACAUCCUCCGCCCCGUUCCAUAGCGUCCAAUCUCGAUUCUGUACGCGAACGGUCUCCUUCUGCGAGCAGCGAGGUCGACGAGGACUCACCGAACCCCAAGUUUGGGCUUUCCCAUCUUGUCCCGUCACGGUUACCACCCGUCAAUCGCCUUGCACCUACACGACCGAGCACUCCUUCGCCUGGGAGUCCGCCGCAAUCCCCCACUAGAUUCCCGUAUCUCGCAAGUUCUGCGAAAUCGCUUAGGCAGUUCUUUACCACUCCUUCGAGACCCGCCGAGGGACACGAACGCAAGGGCUCGAACUCGGGCUGGAAUUUGCGUAGUGGUUGGUGGGGCCAGACAGAGAGCAACAAGGAACUAGAGCUAGUGUCUUCUCCUCCCGCCUUGGCUGUAGAUUCUGAGCGAAAUAUCGACCCAUUUCAGCUUGACGGUACUGCAGACACACUUGCUCGAACGGAUAGGCUCCGAGUUAAAGGUCACAAGUCAAGGGAUAGUAACUUGACGUUGACGCAAGACGAUUUCCUUCCCAAAUUCUCUGUGCACGAAAGGUCAAAGUUCAAUAUACAAGAAGCUAUUGACAGGUCGAGGAUGUACGCUUCUCGCUACGCGGUCGCUGAACCACAAGCGACUGCUCCGCCGCCUCCGCCCAAAGACACGCCAAAGAAGAACGAUAACGCUAAGUCGGAAGGGAUGGAGGAAGCCAAGCCCGAUGCGUCUGUUCUCCCUGCAACAGAACCGGCGGCCCCGUCGACAGGAGAUCGCAUCUCUCCCUCAGCGCCACUCCAACGAACCGAAUCGUCUUCAAGUGGAAGGGUUAAGAAAACCGUCAAGUAUAGAGGGAAGAAUGUGCAUAUCAAUAUUCCCACACGCAAUGUUGGUGUUAUUCCUUGGACCAAGGAACAAGUCGAUGCCAGGCUGCAGGAAUUCGAAAAGGCUGGCUAUGAUACCCGAGGUUUCGACAAAUGGAAUGACGUGGAUUCCACCGUGAGCCUAUCUAGGUAUCAAAAUCGCGAGAUCCAUCCAGAUCCCGCAGAGGAUGUUGACGCGAGACGUAAGAAGAUAUUUAAGGUUCACGUUCCCAACAUCGCUCUUUGGGACGAAUAUGUUGCCUUCCUACGGGAGGAGAAGCUACGAAUGCUUGGUGUUAGUCUCGGAGGCUCGGAAACUCUUGAAUCCCCACUCUCAAGGCAGGCUUCCACGUCACAGUUCUCCCAAGGUUUGCCAUUUUCCCCGCCCAUUCCGACUUCGUCUGCUGGGAGCCAACGCCAUGGUCAUCGCGCAAGCGUCUUCCAAUUCCCCGUAUCUUCUCAGGGACAUGGCCCAACUCGAUCAAUUGCGUCUCCUCUAGGUGCAUUUGGCCAUAUGCAUCGCCAAUCGAUGUUUUCUCCACCUACUCUUUCAUCUCAGUCUAUGACUCCGCCAGGCUUGCAGAACUUGUCACCACAGCUCAUACAAGCCUUGACAACUGGCUCACCAGGACCGGAGAUGCACGGCAGACGCGGGUCUGUUUCGCCUCUUUUGUCCCAGCAAACCGGCCAGGCGUUCCCAUUCGGACAACGCAAUGAGCUUUUGGCUCAGAUGCAACGUCAGAAGGAGCAACAACUUGCGAUGCAUUUGCAACAGCAAGCAGCUAUGCAGCAGAUGCUUAACAACACCUCUUCUGCACGGCCAGCUUCAACUCUUCAGGAGGUUCCCGAAGUAGACGAUGAAGACGAGUUCGGGAGACCGCAACUUCGAAGCAGACAAGGCGAAGCACCAGAAAUUGUAAAUCCGAAGCCAAGCCACCGCCAUAACAUAAGUGUCAAGCUUGAAGAAGGUAUCAACAACUCAGACUACCAUCUGGAGAAAUCAAUAGACCGAGAAAUGGACGAUGGGUUAGAGACAAAGGAUUCAGCACAGUCAAAGUCGAAGCAGCUUCCGCCGCGCACGACGUCACUUCGCGGGAACAACGGGGUUGUAAAGGCGAAUGGGGGAGUCCUUACACCUUCCUCGGAUGCAAAACAGAACCUCCCUGCACCGACAAUACCUGAAGAGACACAGGACAAAGAGAACGACGCACCACCGUUUGAAAAAGCAGGUGGCGCGGAGGCAGCUAAUCCUUGGGCUAACGAUCCAACCUUUUUCAGCAAACCAAAGCCAGCCUCGAGCUCGAGGCCUGCCCAUCUCUCCCACCAUUCGUCCAAGUCAUCACUCUCGGGUCUUAAUGUGGCAGCAAAAGAAUUCAGUCCAACUGGAUUCAGUUUCGGUCAGAGCGGCAACCCCAGUGCAAACUUCAAUCCUGGGAUCUUUUCGGCUUCAGCGUUCUCCUUCACGCCAGCAAAAUCAACUUCAAAGCAUGUUGGAGGGAAUACCAGAAAAUCUGUCUCACCAUCACCACAGCAAACCCUGAAGAGCUCUUUUAGCAGUCUGAGUGCAGCUGCUCCCGCGUUUAAUCCCCAAGCAGCUUCCUUCAGUCCUGGUAACUUCGGUGUGUUUGGGAAUAGUACUGCUUCCUUUACUCCAAGCAAGUCUGAAUUCAGCUUCACUUCCAAUGGACCUUCAUUCAACCCUGCCACACCCGUAUUCCAGAUAUCUCCGUCCACAGGCUUUUCGGAUGAUCCCUCAUCAGCUGAUUUCAAACAAUCGAUAUUUGGCAAAAUCAAUGUAGCCGGCGAAGGGAAGAAGGUGAAAAAAUCAAAAGCUAUACCUAUCAUUGACCCCGAAACGCUCACACCCACGCGUGACCUCGUUGUGUUGGGUGAAGAUGGACGUGUUGCUCAAAGCGACGAGCGACAGAAGAGAGCCAAGACUGUGGACUCUGACGAGGAGAAAGAGCCUCUGUUCGCUCCAAUGCCUACAACGCUCGCAAGCAACGCGACUUCGGAAGAGGUCAAUGCUGUGGUUGCCGAAGAGAUUAAGGCAAUUGAUGCUCCAACAAGUGCAAAGCCGGAUGAAUUACCGGCCGAUGGCGAAAGCGAGCUACCAAACGAAAUAUCUUUCUCAUCAAUUGUUGAGCUGCCAGAAACAGAACUGGAGAUCAAGGCUAGUCCCGCGUCUCCAGCAAGCAGUGAACAAGAAAAGACUGCAGGAGACGACCUAGUUUCAUCGACAAAAGAGACCAAGUCUGGUGACACAAGCCGUGUCUUCUCAAACUCUAGUGCGUUGUCGGCAUCUGCAGCUCCAUUUGAAUUCAAGCCCAAUUUUGAGAUUGAUGAAGGUCUAAAGAAUCGUAUGGUCAAUCAUCUCCAUGCGGUCUCAAAGGACAAGGUGAAGCAAUCUUCGAUUGAAGCCACGACUCCAAGGUCUGGGUCGUCGCUUUCCAGAACAGCUGCCGAUGAACCACCAAGUAAUCAUAGAGAGCCCUUUGAGGACACAAGAGACCGCCUGCCUUCGUCGGUACGUUACUUCGAUGACCAAGAUCAGCCAUCAUUCCAGGAGAUCGAUGCAGUUAUGCGACAGCUCAACGAGGACGGCUCGGACGGUGGCAUUGAGCGAGAGGAGCCUUCUUGGCCAAACUCUUCAAGUCCAAGAUACGAUGUUUCGCCUCUCCCAAGCUCACCGCAGCCACAUGCCUUCCAGAUGCCUCUAAGAAGCGACGCCCCAAGCCCUAGUCCUCGUCGCCCAAUGAUCACGAAGACACUCAAUGUUGACUCCGCAUCUGUUACUCAAGACCCCUUCAGUGAUGGCCGUGCUGUACCAGGCUAUGAUUCGCCAGUACGUCGCAUGAACGGCAGCGAAGACAUUCCUGUUAGUGACUGGGAUGAUGUGAUCUCUUCAGGACAAGAGGACGAGUUUAGACAGAAGGCAGAAUUUUUUGGUCCACAUGUUUCAAACGUCAUCAGGAAUACCAUGGACCAUCACUUCUCGGCUCUGGAGAAGCGUUUCAGUGCUCUGAUGGAUCAGCAAAUCGCGAACAAUAGGCCACAAUUACGCCGAACUCGAUCAAGAGUUACAGUUGAUAGCGAUGCUGAUGAUGAAGACGAAGAAGUGGAGACAGAUGCAUAUUCUCGAGGCUUUUCGCCGAAGCGUGAUCGGCGCAUGGAGAAGUAUAGAAGUAUGUUACAGGAAGUUCUCUCAUCGCAACGUCCUCGCACACCGCAAGGCCUUUAUCACUUCGAAGACCUCCAGAAAACGAUAUCAGAGAUUCAAGAAUUCAUUAGACAGAGACCCGAGCCUUCUGCAGUGACAGUUCCAGGCAUUGAAGACAUAAAGGCAAUUGUCGAGGAGACCGUAGCUCAUCAGAACGAAGCUCUGAUCAAACGGCGAGAGGAAGCCAUCAAAACCGAAGAUGAGGAGCGGUUUCAUGAGUUUUCCGAAAAGCUCAAGGAAGCUGCGACAAGAAUCGCCGCUGAAAUUGAAGCUCGCAGCGAGGCCGAACGUAGGGAAGCAGAGACUAAUCGUUUGCUUAAACUUACCGAAGAAGAAUUGGCUCUAGUCAAGGAAGCUGCUCAAGAAGAGACUGCUAAGCUCCGUGCACUUGAGGAGGCCACAGAGAAGGCUCGUACUGCAGACAACGACAAAGCAGGUGCGCAUGCAGACCUCUCCAAGAAGCUCAUGGAUCUUGCUUUGGAGAACGAUAAUCUCAAGGAAACAUUGGAUGAAUAUCGGCUAUCGAGCGAGAAAUGGCGACGUGAUCUUGAACAAGCCCAAGCAGAGAGAGAGAAGAUUCACGCUGCAUUUGGUGCACUUAAGAUUCAGUCCGAAGAAGCACUCCGCAUUCGCGACACGAUGCGCAUCCGCAUUGAGAAGUUGCAAGACGAUAUGAACAAUGCUGUUGGACAGGUCGCUGCAGAGCGAGCGAAGUGGGCCAGAUCAGAUGCUGAGCACCGCACGCGCUAUGAGAUUCUUGCUGCUCGCGCUGAAGCUGAGGCACGUACAAGGGAACGCUUUGAGCGCGAGCUUGAGCGCUUGGAGACUCAAGAGCGGGAAUCUUACAAAUUGAAGGCAGCUCUGGAGCACGAGCAAAAAGAGAACGUCAAGCUUGAUAAGGAAUGCGAGCGCUUGGCAAGUUCACUUCAGGAGCUCCAUUCUGUUAAGCUUGAGCUGGUUCAAACUCAAAAAGAGAACAGUCGUCUUGAGGACCUUGUUGAACAACUCAAGGCCGAAAGCUUGGAGCAUCAAAAGACUGCUGAUCAAUAUGCUCGAGAAUUUAGAGAGGCUCGGGAAGCUGCUCGACUCGAAGUUGAUCGAACGCGUAGUCUUAUGCAGAUUGACAUUGAGAAUGCUAACCACCAAGUCAAUAUCAUUCGUUCCGAGCUUGAAGCUGAAAAUUCUCGCUUGCGAGUGGAUCUUGAUAACGCAAGAUUAGAGGCAGACACACUUCGUGCUAAGCAUGAACUUGACCUUGAGCAAGCUGAAGAUGCCAAGCGCGAUGCGCUCAAGCAACUUCAGGAUGCAAAGGAUGCUGUAUUCGAAGAACUUCGAAGCACCUAUGAAGAGCGUCUAGAAGAGCUUCGCAAGCAACAUCGCAGAGAUCUCGACCACACUAUCGAGAACAAGAAUCAAUCCGAGGCCUUUCUCAAAGAUACCCACUCUCAAGUGUUACAAGAUUUGCAAGACCAUCACGAGCGUGCCAUGGAACAAGUUAUAAAUGAGAAGGAUUUCACAGUGUCACAACUGAAUGAUCGUCUUAACUUGGCAAAUUCGAAAAUCGAGCAUCUUCAAGACAAGAUUGUUCAUUUAGAGGAGAAGCUUGAGAUGGCCAAGACGGCUGCUCAUGCCGCUGCUCAGGCUGCGCAGUCGGCGAUAUCGCCCGUCGCUGCUCAAACAUCAGCGGUGGCUUCCGCUCCUGCACAAUCCCGCUUACCCGAAAAGAUCUCACCGCAAGCGCUACGGGAGUCCAUCGCUGUCUUACAGGAACAAUUACAAGAGCGUGAAAAUCGCAUUGAGAACCUCGAGCAAGAACUCUCGGAGGUGGACAAGGAGGCUCCAGCCAAGCUCAAAGCAAAGGACACCGAAAUUGGGUGGUUGCGUGAACUUAUCGGUGUACGGGUUGAUGACCUAACCGACCUGAUCAAUGUCUUAGGCCGUCCAGACUUCGACCGUGAGGCCGUUCGUAACGCUGCCAUACGCAUUAGAGCAAGCAUUCAAAUGGAACAGGAUGCCAAAGAGCGCCAGAUCAAUGGUACGACAAGCUUCCCAACUCUUGCAAGCAUACAGAGCUUUGCUUCACCAAAAGCUGCCCAACUCGCAGCUGCAAUCGGCAAUUGGCGGCGAGGUGGUGGUGGCAUAGCUCCAAGUGGAUUGGCACAAUCCAUUUCCAGUUCGAGUAGUAGCCGGACAGAGACGCCAUCCAAGCCUGCGAGUACAGCACAAAGUUUCCUCAACGGGCUCAUGACACCACCAGCAUCGAACUUGAGAAAGACUCCUUCACCAGAUCCAGGCCUUGGUUCGUCUCGACCACGGCCGCUUAACACACACACCAGCGAGCCACGACCGCUUGGUUCAAAGGGUUUCGAGAAGCGACGCAUGAGCCGUGAGUCUGAAAUUUCAGCCGGCCCAUCAACGCCACCUUUUCUAAAAGCUGGGGAUUACGACGAAGAUGCGGAGGAGAGCACAACUGGUUAUUAUGAUGACGAAGAGAGUACGGUCGAAGGUACCCCGAAAGCAGAACGCAUGCGAUCUCUGGAACCUUUCGGCCUUGAGAUUGAGCGAUGAAAAAAAGAUUGAGACGGUUGCUAAAUCGAGCAGCCACAUUUUCCUAUGUUUACUUCAUUUUCUUUUACACAUCACUAGGUUUGGUCAUGCGACGCGCUAGAGCGAUUUGACGACUGCUCUUUCAUCGUACUUUUCUGAGCGCCAUUACAGACUGCAUGAUACCACAACACCCCAGCGCUUCUUUCAAGUUCUGUUUAGCUAGACAAUGGUCUUGUCGUGCGUUCAGUCUUGCUGUAUACCAACAAAUUGGAAAUGUCCCACUUCAUUUUUCCUGUUGACAAUGCUUACACACUCGUUGUAUGCGACUUGCCUUGUUUGUCGAUCGUUUGAUACCAUUUGCAUUGAUGGAGACGGAUCCUGGCGCUUGAAAGAUGGAUGUUGGAGGACUCUUGUAUCUAAUCACCGCGAGAUGAGUCUUAUUUGGCUCCGCGCUACUAAUAAUUCACCCUAUCAUUACUCAAACAAACCAUUCCGUAAAUAGUAAGUAAUUGGAUUCGUUCAAAUCAACUCUCUGAUGGGUUGAGAAGUGCC